UGGUAGGAGGCAGGUGCGCUCUUCGGGGGUGAGGGGUAGAAAAACUUGAGGAGAGAGGUGUUGCGGUCGAGCUGACUUUCCGAGGUGGGGAUCGAAUCGGAGAACUUGUGCCAUUAGGUUUGCUCUUUACGAUCGACAGUCGAGCUCAGUAAGUCGAUAUCGAAGCAGGUGUUUCGAGUGUUCUCUCCCGCGAUUUUCUUUCUUUCUCUCUCUUUUUUCUCUCUUUCUCUCUCUCUCUCUCUCUCUUACUCUCUUACUCUCUCUUUCUCUUACUCUCUGUUUUUUUUCCCCUCUCUCUUUCGAUUUCGUUGUUGUGUUCAUUCGUUAAAAAUCUCUUCUCCAUUCGAUGGAUCAACGUCAUUAAUCAUUUAACGAUCUAUCGAUCGAUUAAUUUACUUUUUACAUUUGUGUACCAGUGUCUUGUGUGUGCUUAUCGUGUAAUCGUGGAUUUUAAUAUUCUACUUCGAAAAGGAUCUAUGAAUGCAAGAGAGAAAACAAUAAUAUAUGUAUAUUUAUAUAUACAUUAUAUGUUUGACGAACGUUUAACUGUAACGUGACGUCCAAUGGCGGACGAGCCUCCUCUAUUCGAGUGAUUCCAUACGUGUACCGUUAAAGGAUAAUAUUGAAAAUGACAACGAGCGAAGAUAAUCGUUCGAGCGUGAAACGAGAUCUAUGAUGACGAUGUCGAACUUUGACGUUGUUAUUAGAAUCGACAGAGAUAGAGAUAGAAAAAGAUUCGUGGAUCUUCGUAAAUAUACAAAGAUUCUAAGUGACUUUUAUUUACUUACGACAUACUCGUCGUCUCCUGUACGUGAGAAAGACAGAGAAAGAAAGAGAAAGAGAGAAGAGAAGAAGGAGAGAGAUAGAAAAAGAAAAAUAUUGAGGGGCGAAGCAAAAGAAAAAAAAGUCGGGAGGGGGUGGGGAAGAAAAAGUAAAAAAAUAAAAGAUGUCGCCUCUCGUUAAAAUGAUGACCUUCGUACUCUGCGUCACGGGUUCGAUCGUGACAGGUCUUAGUUUACGUGGUAACAAAUGCGGACAGAAAGUUUGCAAUACCACGGAAUAUUGUAGCCGAUUUGAUACUCAAUGUAAACCUUGUUCUACCAUUUGUAAUCCGGAGGAUCAUAAUCAUCAACCGGAGGACUGUUUAAAGGAUUGUCAAGAAUAUGUCUACGAUCAACGGUACGCCCUCCGUGAGGAAUUGAGCCAGUACGAGGAGCUCAGAGAAGUCAACAGGCUACGUAUUUUACUCGGUGUUACGUUAACGUUAACGUGCUUGGCUAUCAUGGUGAUCGUCUAUCUUCUUAUCAGGACAUUCGUACGUUGCAAUAAGAUAGGAAAUGCGAUACGUAAUGUAUUCUCCAAAAAAUGGGUCAAGAAGGCAACUAACAAUAAUAAGGUUCAAGACGACGUUGAAACUGGCGGGAACAACGUUAACAAACAAAAUGGUUUGAAACUUAGUAUGCCAACGAUAAGCGCUACAGUAACCUCGUCGCAGGAUACGUCAAAUAGCAAUGGUACACCUAAUACUACAAGUACACCACUUUCUAGAAGACAUCCUAGCGAGGAUACUACGUUGGAUUAUGCUUAUGAUAAUCCGGCAAUGACACCAAGCCCAGAAGCUGCACAGCUUCGUACCAAACGCGAGAGUUCCUUUUGAAUGAUCCAAAAGAUCUCGUCCAAGAAUAAAUAUUAUUAUUCUCGUACGAUUUAUUUAUGGAACUAAAUGAGAGAAAAAGAGAAAAGGAGAAAAAAAGGGAAAAGAGAAAGGAUAAACGAAAUAAUCGAUAUGUUUUAUCGAUCUCUCUUUUUUUUUUUUUUUUUUUUUUCAUUCUUUUUUAUUUCUUUUCUUUUCUUUUCUUUUCCCUCAAGGACACUUUUUCGACAAACAUACAAUCAUUUCUCGUUCAGUUCAUAUUUAUUGAAAAUAUUCGAACACAAUGCGAACGUACACUUUUUAUUAUCAGCAUCUUUUUCGAUCAUCGAUUUUAUUGGAAAAAAGAUAGACCUUUUUUUUUUUUCUUUUUUCUUUCUUUCCUUUCGUUUUUAACUUAGAUUUAUAAAUAUUUACGAAAGGAAAAAAAAAAAUAGCAAGAAUAAUCAUAAUCAUAAUCAUAAUCAUAAUCGUAAUAAUAAUAAUAAUAAUAAUAAUAAUAAUAAUAAUAAUAAUAAUAAUAAUAAUAAUAAUAAUUUAAGAAAGAUAUAUAGAAUAUUUAGUAGGAUUAAAUAACGCGUUAAAUGAUGAUAUAAGAAAGAAGAUUUAAUGGAGCGACGGACGAACCGCGUUCCGUGCGUUCGCGAACCGUGCGGCUGUGUGACUUAAAUAAAAUAUAUUCAUAAUUUUUUUUUCUUUUUUGGCUUCCCUCGGUGACGGAUUAUAUCGCCGAAGGAUUGCAAACGCCCAAUGCGUUUAUUAGAAAUAUUAUAUUUAUAAGAUAUUAAUUAUCAUACGAUUUUAAUCGAAUAUAUUUAUUAAUCUUAGGCUCAACGUCCAUUUGAUCCAAUUCGUUCGAACGCGUUAAUAAUCGUUUAUACGAAAGAUAGGAAAAAGUGAAAAAAGACGACAACAAAAAAAAAAAAAAGAAAAAGAAAAGAAAAGAAAAGAAAAAAAAGAGGGACAAAAAACGAAGAAGCAACAAUCCCAGCAGUAUCACCAUCAUGCGCCACCCCAAAAAAAAAGAAAGCAAAAAAAAAAAAGAAAAAAAAAGAAAAAAAGAAAAAAAAAUGAAGAAAAAAGAAAAAGAAAAGUAGAAGGAAGAACGCAAGAGAGAGAAAACAAAAAAAAAAUCCUUAUCAGCCAUUCCGUCCAUGAAAGGCCUUACGAGCAAACGUUGGCGAACGCGUGCGUUUCCGCGUUUUGCAUAGGACGACGUUCUCGCGACGUGAAAAACGAGAGGAUGAUGAUCUUGAAAAAUGCAAAAGAAAAAGAAAAUAUCAAGCAACAAAGAAAAAGGGAGAACAUUUUCUUUUCUUUUAUUUUUUUGUUACUCUUUUAGAAUUCACUAUAAGAUUUUCCAAUGAAGCGCGAUCGUCGAAGAAUUGUUUAUCGAUCGAUCUGGGGAAAAAAAGAAAAUUAAGAAAAAAGAGAAAGGGACGAAAAAGAAACAGGCGACCAAAAAAAAGAAGAACAACAUAGCUCCGUCGUAUAUGUUUUUGCAAAUCGAUGUGAAUUUUUUUUUCUUUCUUUUUUUUUUUUUUUUUUUUUUUUUUUUUUUUUUGUCGAAUUUAAAAA